UUGUACUCAUCUCAAAUAACAAAAUUGUAAAUCCGUGAAACCCUUCUCUACCACCAGUUUCCCCCAACUACCAUACGAGACUAAGUAAACUUUUUAAUCGCAUCGUCAGGUUAAUGAGAAUAGACAGAUAAAAUCUUCAUGUUUGUUUAAAAAAGUUAAGUCAGGACUAUGGAACAUCAGUCGGCAGCUUGUGCCUACACAAAAUUAGAGAUUGUAGGCCGUGGUUCAUACGGUGCUGUAUAUAAAGGAUUUCGUAAUGCUACGAAAGAGAUUGUAGCUAUUAAAGUCUUAAAUUUGGACACAGCAGAAGAUGAAGUGUCGGAUAUUCAAAAAGAAAUUACUGUUUUAAGUGAAUUAAAACAACGUGAAUCUGAAAAUAUCGUCAAAUACCAUGGUUCGUACUUGGUAGGUACGGAUUUAUGGAUUAUUAUGGACUAUUGUCAAGGGGGCAGCGUUCGUACUUUGAUGGAAGCCGGUCAAAUAACUGAGCCUUACAUUUCAAUUAUUCUUCGAGAAACUUUGCAAGCUUUAAAAUUUAUUCAUCAUGCUGGUAUUAUUCACCGUGAUAUUAAAGCAGCGAACAUUCUUGUUUCCGUGUCUGGUAAAGUCAAGCUUUGCGAUUUUGGGGUUGCAGCUGAAAUAAACAUUAAUAGCAGAAAACGAACAACUUUUAUUGGAACUCCUUAUUGGAUGGCCCCAGAAGUCAUCCGUGAUGGACAAGAAUAUAAUGUUAUGGCUGAUAUAUGGUCGUUAGGGAUUACGGCCUAUGAGAUUGCUACAGGUUCUCCUCCUCAUGCCAAAGAGGAUCCGUUUCAAGCGGUUUUUCUCAUAGCCCACACGCCUCCUCCGAAGCUCGAAGGAAAUUUUAGCAGCUUAUUAAAAGACUUUAUUGCUUCUUGUUUAAAUGUCGUACCGGAAAAACGUUUGGAUGCCUCUGAACUUAUAAAGUCAAAAUUUAUUAAACAACACGCACGUCAACCUGAAAAUGAGCUAUGCAAUCUGGUUAAACGUUAUGAGCGUUGGCAAGCAGCUGGCGGUGUCCCUGAAACCCUAAAGACUCCAGUCGAACCUGAAUAUGGCAGUGAUCAAGAGAAUGACACUUCUGAGACAGCUUUUGACGACGGUUGGGAAUUUGGGACUAUCAAACAAUCACCGCAGCAAAAUUCCCCAUUGUCUUCGGGUUCUGCAACCCCAACAUCAAAGCAUUUUUCUUCUAUGUCCAACUCUGGUGCAGAGAAUGAUUCUCAUCCUCUUUUGCAGCUAUUUCAGAAUAGCUCUAUAAGCAACGAGGAUUCCUCUCACAUGAGCGAGGGUGUUACAGAUCAAGAAUCAAGUACUGAGCCUUCAUAUUCACAAAUUGAACUACCGAGUUUUGAUAAGGAAAAUGAAAGUUUCGAGAGCUUGUCAAAUGUCAACCCUAAACAAGCAAAACCCCAAGAAGAGUCAGACUUGAUGAUCAAUCGAGUUAGGGGGAAUAUAAGAGGUUCCACAGACCAAAAUAUGAAGCGUCCGCUACCGCGGGUUGUCCAAAGGCAAAUGAAUAUGGGGAAAAGAGGCAUAUCUAUGUCUCCUAUGAAAAGUCCGCUUCGAUUCCCAUCUUCACUAGAUCCACAGUCUAGGAGUGUUUCCCUGAGUGCUUUUGAACAAGCAAACGCACCUUCAGUAGAUUCAAACGUCCACAAAUUACAUUCCGGCGUACCACCAAUAGAUGUUACUCGGUCUUCUAGUAAUCAACCAACAAAAGCUACUUCUCCACCGAUCCCCGUGCAUUCGGUCAACUCACCUGCUAUAAAGCCUUUCAACUCAAAAUUACGAGCACGCUUACCCCCAUUGUCUAUUAAUUCCCUUCAGUCGAGCAUUGCAAUAAAUGAAAAUUAUGAACCUCCUCCUGUUAAGCCAUUACCAAUGGAAUUAUUCGAUGAUAAUUUUCAAAACAUAUACAGUAUGAAGUCUACUAUGAAAACGGAAUUAGACAAUCGCUUAACAGAAAUGGAUAUCUACCUAAAAGGAUUGGAAGUGAGUCUCACCAAAAAAAGGGACUUCUAAUGAUUUAUUACGAAAAUGUUUUAAUUUAUAAUUUAUUUAAGGUUUACAAUAUAGAAGCAUCAUUUUCCAUAAUUGAGUAUGCAGCUUAAAUUUUUUGAUCACAUUUUGCAAAUUGCUAUUUUGCAACGGAAAUCCAAAUCGAUGACCCAUAAAAAUUUCAUUAAUAAACAACGUCUAGGUUUGACUCUAUGUCGUAUAAUAGACUCCAUAGACCAUACCACUUUCAUU